UUAUUGUUCAAAGCAUCUCGACAAAACAUAGAAGGUCAAACAACUAUCAACAAAAACUCUCUUUCUGCGUUUUCCUCAAAGAAGAUCUUUCAUGGCUACUUCUUCUUUGGCUGUGAAACCAACCCCAACGGGACCUCAAGUGUUCAUAUGCUUCCGGGGGGCAGGUGUCCGUAAACACUUCAUAAGCUUUCUUGACCCUGCCUUGAGAAAAGCGAAUAUAAACGUCUUCAUAGAUGAGGACGAGUAUUUGGGCUCAGAUUUGGUUAACUUAUUGAAGAGGAUAGAAGAGUCGGAGAUCGCGCUAGUGAUCUUUUCGGAGGAUUUCACAAGUUCGUAUUGGUGCUUGGAGGAGCUGGCAAAGAUCAAGGAAUGCAAGGAUCAAGGCCGUCUCAAAGUGAUUCCCAUCUUCUACAAAGUUAAACCUUCCGUCGUGAAAUAUCUGAAAGGAAAGUUUGGCGAUCAUUUCAGGGAUCAAAUACGCAAUCUUAGACACCAGCCAGAAAGAACUCAGAAAUGGGAGGACGCUUUAUUGUCUAUUCCUGAAUCAAUAGGCAUGCCUUUAGCAGCCCAAAGUGACAGGACCGAUAAAGACUUCAUAACCUCAAUGGUCAUCAAGAUUCAGAGAUUGGUGGAGCAUAUGGCCGUCAAAGGAAACCAAGAAACAGAAGCGAAUCUUCCAGGAGGUUCCAUCGUCCCAGCAAUGAAACCAAAAAGAGAAGCGAAUAGUCAAGGAGGUUCCAUGGUCCUUGCAAUGAAGCCAGAAACAGAAGCGAGUCAUCAAGGAGGUUUCGUGGUCUCUGCAAGGCAACUAGGAAUUGCUUUUUCCGAUAAAUCUCGAUGCUGGUCUUGGAGCAGUAUCACAGGACGUAAUGGGUUAUCCUAUAUUUUACUCUCUUUAUUAUUUACUAGGGAAAAAUCCGGGCUACGUCCGGGUAAGACAUUUGAAGAUUGA